AUGACUCAAACGACAAAGACAGAAUAUACUGGAGAUACUCUUCUUAAAUAUGAUCCUCCUGUUAUAAAUGAACUAACUUCAACAAAGAAAGUUAAAAAAGAUCAAGCCCCAGUUCAAGCAAAUCCGCAACAGUGGCUUGUAGACUACCUUGAUCAAAUAUUCCCACCUAAAAAGUCAAAUGAUGGCACAUUUGAUUAUAUACAGCAUGCUAGUACAGCAUCUGCAUCACGUUCUGAUAUUAUUGCACUCGAAGAACAAUUAGAUCAUUUAUUAAAAGAAAAGAAAGCUAGAGCAACAGGUAUCUGUCCAAUAAGAGCUGAGCUAUUUGAUGAUUGUUUUAAUGAAAUAAUCAGACAAGUCGCCGUUGAUUGUACAGAAAGAGCUACGUUACUUAUAGAUAUUCGCAAUGAAAUACAAGAAACAAUUAGUGGAUAUAAGAAACAAUACGAAUCAAUUACAGCUCAUGGAAUUAGAGGAGCAAUUCAUAGAGAACAGAAUAAAAAUAAUUUAAUCAAAGAAAAUGAAAAAUUAGAAGCCGAUAUUAAAGCAUUUGAAGACAAAAUAGCUGAUUUAAAGAAGAGAAUGGCUGAUGCAGACGCAAAUGAUAUCGCUGACCAAAAUGCAAAGAGAAAGGAGCACUCAGAUAAGCUCGCUCAGUUACAGGCUGAUAAUGCAGCACUAAGAAAGAAGUUAGAAGACUUCUUGGUUUCCCCUGUCGUUAUUGAUGACAAACCACCAGCUAAGAAAUAA